AUGGAGACGUCUCAGCUGGCAGCCUCCUCGUCCAAGCCCAAGUUCACCAGGCCCCUCACCAUGGAGGCCAUGAUCCAGGACAUCUCUUCACGCCGCGACGCGCUCGUCCGAGCCCUCACAACCGAUCAGGAAGAGUUCUUUCGUUUAUGUGACCCGGCCGCCGGUCGGAAACCCUUGCUCUUGUAUGGCCACGCCGACGGGAGCUGGGAGGUGACAGGGCCGGAGGAGGAUGCGCCGCCAGACAUGCCAGAACCAGCUGCUGGCCUCAACCUUGUGCGGGAUGACAUGACCCGUUUUGACUGGCUCUCUCGCGUCGCCGUUCGCGCCGACGCCUGGCUCGCCGGCCUCACCCAAUACUUCGGCGCCACUCUCAACGCCAACCAAAAGAUGCAUUUAUUUGAUAUGCUGAUCGAUUUGCCAACUGUCUACGAAACAUUUGAGAAAUCCUACAAACAUGAUUCUGUUUUGCUCCCAACAAAUAUGCCACCAUCUUCUGAUUUGGGGCAAAAUGUUUCCAAUCCAAACAAGGACUCCACCAUACCUGCUGAAGAGAACGUACCACUAGGUCCUGGCCUAAUGCAAAAUGUGUCCAAUCCAAAGAGUGGGUCUUGGACACAUGAUGAAGACAGUGAUGAGGAGCUGGAAGUUAGCGACGAUCAAACCUUUUGCGGAGCUUGUGGUGCUCCAUACCAUGCCAAUGGAUUUUGGAUCGGCUGUGACUUCUGUGAUCGGUGGUUCCAUGGGAAGUGUGUGAAGAUAAAAGCCUCUGAAGCACAACAGAUCUGUCAGUACAAGUGUCCUGACUGCAUGCAAAACGAGAUUGGAGAAUAG